AUGCCUCGCUCCUUCCUGGUGAAGAGCAAGAAGGCUCACACCUAUCACCAACCCCGUGCACAGGAAGAUGACCCAAUCUGGCCUCCUGUCAUUGCCCCUGUGGCCAGGGACGAGGUCCUGAGCAACAGCCCUGUCCUCAGCACACUGCUCCCGAGCGAGUGCCUGGACUGGAACACUGGCAAACAGGAGCAGGAGCCGCCGCUGGCACCGACUCAGAGCUUGCCCAGGACAGUGUCCAGUGCAGCAGAGGGGCCCGUUAUGACAUCCCAACCCCAGGACGGGGACUCACCACUCUCCGAGUCACCCCCUUUCUACAAGCCCAGCUUCUCCUGGGAUGCACUGACCUCAUCCUACGGCCACAGCUACCAGCAGGCCCCCUCCACCAUGCAGACAGCUUUCCUGGAGCGCUCCGUCCGACUGUAUGGCAGCCCCCUGGUUCCCAGCACCGAGCCCCCCUUGGAUUUCAGCCUUCGCUAUUCCCCAGGCAUGGACACAUACCACUGUGUCAAGUGCAGCAAGGUGUUCUCCACCCCACACGGGCUGGAAGUGCACGUGCGCCGCUCCCACAGCGGGACUCGGCCCUUCGCCUGUGACGUCUGCGGCAAAACCUUCGGCCACGCCGUGAGUCUGGAACAGCACACGCAGGUUCACUCCCAGAGUGUCCCGGCCAGGUCCAGUCCUGCACCCAGCUUGACUCUCCUGGGCCUCGAGGCCCCACCUGCACCUGACCCCAUGGGGCCUCGUUUCCUCCGGCAGGAGAGAAGCUUUGAGUGCCGGAUGUGCGGCAAAGCCUUCAAGCGCUCAUCCACCUUGUCCACCCACCUGCUCAUCCACUCUGACACGCGGCCCUACCCCUGCCAGUUCUGCGGGAAACGCUUCCACCAGAAGUCGGACAUGAAGAAGCAUACCUACAUCCACACGGGUGAGAAACCCCACAAGUGUCAGGUGUGCGGGAAGGCCUUCAGCCAGAGCUCCAACCUCAUCACCCACAGUCGCAAGCACACGGGCUUCAAGCCCUUCAGCUGCGAGCUGUGCACCAAGGGCUUCCAGCGCAAGGUGGACCUCAGGCGCCACCGCGAGAGCCAGCACAAUCUCAAGUGA